CAACACCUUCGACAUAGUCACCUCCGAAGAACUUAAUAAAGCAAUCGACUCCUGUCCAGCGCACUCGGCGACCGGCCCGGAUGGCAUUCCUUAUACCUUUAUUAAAGCAAUAGUCAAAGCAAACACAACUCUAAUCCAAGACAUGUUCUCCGCCAUGCUCCGGCACGGCGUACACCCAGCGGAAUGGAAAAUAGCUAAGUGUAUCCCGAUCCCGAAACCCGGUAAAGCAAACUAUCAUGAAGCAAAAGCCUACCGGCCCAUUUCCCUUCUACAAUGCUUCAGCAAAAUCCUGGAGAAGAUAGUGGCCCAAAGACUUUGCACCGCUGGAGAAAUUCUAGGCACACUCUCAGCGAAUCAAUUUGGAGGAAGACCAACCAUCUCGGCAAUCGACGCCCUGCUGAGAACCUUAACGCCAAUACAACAAAACCUACUACUGAAAAACAGUACCGGAGUCGCUCGGCGAGACAGACCAGCGAUCCUAACCAAUGAUAUCCAAGGAGCAUUUAACUGCGUUGACCACCUACUCCUCGCGGAAAUCAUGCAACAACAAAAAUUCCCUACCUACUUAACAGAAUGGUGCAAGGAAUUCAAUACCGGCAGAAAACUAUAG